UACAUAUAUAUAACAGCCACCCCUAGACGCACUAUCACUGUCUGUUGCCCUUCGUGGUUAAUCACGCCUUUAGUGUUGACCCAUCUCAAAUAACCAGAUAUAUUACAUAUAGGAAGGGCAUACGUAGUAGAUAUCUGGCAGCGAUGAGCGGGACAGCAGGAUUUGCUCUGGUCCUCUUUCUGGCCGUGUUCGGCAGGCUGUCCGCGGACUAUUCUUGCACGUCAUCCGUUCCUGUACUGCAGCGGACAGAUUGUUAUCCAGGAAGCGACAGCAGCAAGGAGAAGUGUCAGGCAAGAGGCUGUACCUGGUGUGAAAGUAGUGUUUCAGGUGUACCAUGGUGCUUCCACGAGAGCGUCUCCCUGGAGUCCGCCACGUGCUCCAACUCUUUACCACUAGAUCAGCGCGAGGAUUGCCACCCUGAAGCCUACAACACCUAUGACAGGUGUACUAAUAAGGGAUGCACCUUUUGCCAGACCAACCAGAAUGGUAUUCCCUGGUGCUUUUAUCCCAGUGGCAGCAAGAGGCCAGGAGGUGACACCUGUCCUUCAAAAAUAGCAGACGACCAACGCAUUGACUGUUUCCCAACAUACCUGGGUACCGCUAACAAGGACAACUGCGUCAGUAAGGGGUGUUUUUGGUGUUCUAGUUCGCGCCCGAACACCCCCUGGUGCUUCCUCGACUCACGUGACUGGCCAGCCGACAACUUUGAUGCUAAUGAACGCGUGGACUGCUUCCCAGAUCUCAUAAAACUACCAACCGGAGAGUCUGUUACAGAGGGAACGUUGGAUCCGCGCCAGUGCGUCGCUCGGGGAUGCCGCUAUCGUCCCACGGGGACUUCCGGUGCCCCAUGGUGCUUCUUCCCAAGAGAGAAAGGAUACGCUGUGGUAAAAGAUGAGCAGACGACUAAAGGUCGCCGCUUGACCUUGAAACGUGACACAACCUUGACCUUGUUUGCAAAAGAAAUUGCUGACGUCAUUGUAGAUAUUGAGUUUCAGACUAAUGGAAGGGUCCGGGUUAAGCUUACGGACGCCAACGAUCCAUCGAGAUUUGAGGUUCCCCUGAACAUCACCUCUCCAAACGCGAAGGCCCCCAACCCAAUAUAUGACGUCCAGAUCAGCACAAGUCCUGUGUUUACCUUCAAGGUCGUCCGGAAAGAUACGGGAGUGGCUGUAUUUGAUACUUCGAUCGGAGGUUUACUUCUAGAAGACCAAUUCCUCCAGAUAGCCACCAAGUUACCUAGUAGUAACGUUUAUGGUUUUGGAAUGCACCAACAUUACUCCUACAAGCACAAUAUGAACUGGCAGACUUGGGGAAUGUUCACGCGUGAUCAACCUCCAAUGGACGGCGGGGCAAACCUUUAUGGCGUGCACCCCUUCUACAUGGGUUUAGAAGACAACGGCAAGGCACACGGCGUUCUUUUCCUCAACUCCAAUGCACAAGAUGUGACGCUGUCCCCUGCUCCUGCUCUGACAUACAGAACGAUAGGUGGCGUACUAGACCUGUAUUUCUUUCUUGGCCCAACCCCAGAAAACGUGGUUCAGCAAUAUACUGAGGCCAUUGGUAGACCGUUCAUGCCCCCCUACUGGUCGCUAGGUUUCAGUCUGGGUAACUAUGGUUACGACAACAUUCAAAACAUGAAGAACGUCGUGUCAAAGAUGAAGGAAAAGGACAUCCCGCAUGAUUACCAGUUCGGCGACAUUGACUACAUGGAUCGGGCGCUAGACUUCACCUACAGUACGACCACGUAUCCGGGACUACCCGACUACGUAAAACAACUGAAGAACGAUGGAACGAAAUUCAUCAUCAUUUUGGACCCCGCCAUAGCCAAAGAUAUUCCAAACUACCGUCCAUACGACCUCGGCAUGAAGAAAGAUAUUUGGGUCAAGGAUUCAAAUGGACUCUGGAACGUAGAGGGAAAAGUGUGGCCCCCCACUAACGUAUUUUACCCGGACUUUACCAAGCCCGAGACCACGGACUGGUGGGUGACACUGUGCAAGGAGUUCAAGAAUGUCAUCGACUAUGACGGGCUCUGGAUCGACAUGAAUGAGCCGGCCAAUUUCGUGUGGGGAGAUGUAGACGGUUGUGCCAGCAACAACAUCAAUAAUCCACCGUACUUCCCUAAAAUCUGGGGCCCCGUUCUCCAGUAUAAAACCCUCUGUCCAGACCACAAGCAUCAUAUUGGACUGCACUACGACGUCCAUAGCCUGUACGGGUGGAGUCAAGCACCUGUCACUUUUAAGGCAGCUCGAGAGGCAACUGGGAAGCGAAGCAUCGUCUUGUCUCGGUCGACGUUCCCAGGGGCGGGAAAAUUCGCCGCCACGUGGUUGGGAGACAACUGGAGUUACUGGACAAACCUGAGGUAUUCUAUCAUUGGUAUGCUCGAGUUCAACAUAUUUGGGAUGCCAUUUGUCGGCGCUGAUAUCUGUGGAUUCAUCAGAGACAGCAAUUACGAGUUAUGCAUGCGGUGGCAGCAAGUGGGAGCUUUCUAUCCGUUCUCCAGAAACCACAAUUUAGGAUACGAAAAUAGGCCUCAAGAUCCGACAGCAUGGGGCGACGACUUUGCAAGGAACGCCCGCGACACACUGCGCACGCGCUACACACUACUUCCGUAUCUGUACACGCUUUUUCACGAGGCCCAUACGAGAGGCGACACUGUGAUCAGAGCGCUUUUCCACGAAUUCCCGUCAGACGGAGCCACACAUGGUAUAGACCGCCAAUUUUUGUGGGGGUCUUCCUUCCUCGUCUCUCCAGUUCUGGACCAGGGCGCCACAAGUGUAAAUGCGUAUUUCCCGAACGCUCGUUGGUACAGCUACUAUGACGGGGCCGAGGUGGGUACCAGAGGCGACUGGAAGACUCUGGACGCACAGAUUUGGGCGAUCACGCUCCAUGUUCGAGGGGGUUAUAUCCUCCCCACUCAGGAGCCUGCUAGGACCACCAUGGCUAGCCGCAAAAAUCCUCUGGGACUUAUUGCUGCCCUGGAUGAUAAUGAGCAGGCUAGUGGCUCCCUCUUUUGGGACGAUGGCGAAUCAAUUGAUACUUAUGAAAAUGGAAACUAUCAUCUUGCUACAUUCAAUGUAACCUCGGACACUUUGACAAUCAGUGUGGUCCAUGGCGGCUUCCCGAGUAUGAAUCAGCUGAAAUUGAACACGGUUAGGGUGUUUGGUAUGAAGUCUACAAGCAUCAGCAGCGUCACCCAAAAUGGCAACCAACAUAGCGACUACGUAUUUAACCAAGCGUCAAAGGAGCUGAAGAUCACCAACCUACAGCUGGACGCCAGUCAAGGUCACACCAUCACGUGGGUAAAAUCGUCUGCAAUGGGACCAGUCAUUGGAUAGAAAACGCUCCAAGACCUGCCCCUGUCACCUUCACGUUACUGCCUUGAAAUUGAUACAGUACAUUUCUGAUUGAAGAUCACGGUGACUGCAGUGAAUCAAUAAAUUUUAUUCCUAUUGAAUCAUUUCCAUUUUCAUGUGGAUAGAAUCUGCAACAAAUAUCGAUCCAUGCACAGUUGCUUAUGACUUGGCCUUUCUUCAUUUUCAAUAUGUCUGGUGUCAAUUCCAUUUUGAUUGGUUACUUUCAUAUAUAUAAAAAA